AUGGGCUUUUUGAGAGUUCAGAAAGGAAACACUGAAGAGGCUGGAAGGCUACUGGGCAGCAAGAAUGUCCGUGUCAAUUGCUUGGAUGAGCAUGGCAUGACCCCUCUAAUGCAUGCAGCGUACAAAGGGAAGGUAGACAUGUGCAGGUUGCUCUUGCGACACGGGGCUGAUGUUAACUGCAAUGAACAUGAGCAUGGAUAUACUGCCUUGAUGUUUGCUGGACUUUCAGGAAACAAGGAAAUCACCUGGAUGAUGUUAGAGGCUGGAGCAGAGACAGAUGUUGUCAACUCUGUGGGAAGGACAGCAGCUCAGAUGGCUGCUUUUGUGGGUCAACACGACUGUGUGACUGUCAUCAACAACUUCUUUCCACGUGAAAGACUAGACUACUAUACUAAACCACAAGGCCUAGAUAAAGAACCAAAACUGCCAGUAAAGUUAGCUGGGCCUCUACAUAAAAUAAUCACUACUACUAACAUGCAUCCUGUUAAGAUUGUAUUGCUGGUAAAAGAGAACCCUCUAUUGGCAGAAGUAGAAGCACUGCAGAAAUGUUACAGGGUUCUGGAUCUGAUAUGUGAGAAGUGUAUGAAGCAGAGAGAUAUGAAUGAGGUACUUGCUAUGAAAAUGCACUACAUCAGUUGCAUCUUCCAGAAAUGUAUUACAUUCUUAAAAGAGCGAGAAGAUAAACUAGAUGGAUUUAUCAAAAGUCUCUUGAAAGGAAGAGAUAAAGAUGGUUUUCCUGUAUAUCAAGAGAAGCUAAUCCGAGAAAGCAUUCGAAAGUUUCCUUACUGUGAAGCUACAUUGCUCCAGCAGCUCGUGAGAAGUAUUGCUCCUGUUGAACUAGGUUCUGAUCCUACUGCUCUUUCUGUUCUUACACAAGCUAUUACUGGCCAAGUGGGUUUUGUGGAUGCUGAAUUCUGUACAACUUGUGGGGAAAAGGGAGCAGACAAAAGAUGUUCAGUAUGUAAAAUGGUGAUGUACUGCGACCAGAACUGCCAGAAAGUACACUGGUUUACCCACAAAAAAGUCUGCAAGGCACUGAAGGAAAUUCAUGAGAAACAAGAACUAGAAGCUGCCAAAGAAAAAAGGAAACAAGAAAAAAGGCAAAAUAAAGAUGAAGUGCAACUAGCAGAGCCUAGUUCUGCAAGUGAAGAACAGUCAGAUCCUGGCCCAGAUGCUACCAAAGAAGUGGAUCCAAAUCAUGCUGCUGACAGGACAGAAGAAACUGAGCUUACCAAAGAGUCAGAGGCACUAGCCCCACAUCCGGAAAGUCCCUUAGAAAGUGAGACUGGCUUAGCUGACGUUGCUCUUCAAAAAAUUCAAGAUCCUGAGGAAUAAGAGGAGGACAGGAAGAGUGUUCUAAGUGUUCUGGCUAAGUCUCUGUACCUCAAGCAUCAUAAAAAAUAUUUUAGGCUGACCAUGUCUUGACUUUUCACAGCAUGGCAUAUGUAAGGCUUCCUAUGAAAGACAGCAUGUAUCUGUUUAUCCUGAGAUGAAAUGGUAGCUAAUUUGUCUACAAAUACUUCAAGUCGUUGUAGAUUGUCAAAAUAGCUAUUUAUUAUGUGAUAAAAACUAGAGUGGCAUAGAAUCAUCUGCAUUUCUACCAACAGGAAGCAUAGUAAUAUCUGUGAGAUCUGUGGUCAAUCAACCACUUAGUGAAAAUGAAAAAGCAUUUAAGUAAAUCAGAUUAUUCUUGUUUCCAAAAACUAAAAUCUAUCUUCAUAGUAGUUUAAAGGUUUUUUUUUUCUUCGAGUACACAGAAAUGCAGUUGAAAGUCUUGGGAAGCCAACUGUUGAGUUGCUCUUACACCACUUUACGAAGCUUCGUUUGAAAGAAUUCAGUAGUGAUUAGGUCUCUGAAGAUAUUUGUCUGAAUUCUCAAAACCUUUCGUGACUUCACUGUAAAUAAUUUUGACUAGUGAGUGCACAGCAAUAGUGUCUAUUUUGUGGCAAUUUUAUUAAUGAUACUACUGUUUCAGAUGUCUCAAAUUGACUGUGAAAUGUAUCUUUCAAGAGAAUGACUUCUUUAUUUAUUUUCUCAAAAAUAUUCCAAGUUUGUCAAAGGCUAAUGAAGAGAACACCUGAAGGUUUUUUAGUAUUUUAACUGACUGGAGAAUGAUGGUUUCUAAAUCUCUACUUUCAGGUAAAGAUGUCUUAGAGCACACUGGGAUGUUGUGUAUGAAUUGUUCGGUAAGCACAUAUAAGAUGUUAAAUAUUGUACAAACAGACUGCACCUGGUUCCAGUGAUUUGAGUGAGAAAUUCAUAUGUACAUUGAUACAACUGGGAUUUUAUUUAGGCUUUCAACUAAAUACCCUAUCUUGAAAACAGUAUUCCUUAAUUAUGCUGUUUUCACUCAGAUUUACUAUCACGUCUCAUGAAAUCAAUGGGAUUGUCACAAGCUAAAAUACCAUAAGGCAUUUUACUCUGCAUAAGGAUGGCAGAAUUUGAGAUUCUUUAAUUUCUGGGUGAAUAACUGGUGUUUUGAACGUGGCAAUAUCUUUCAGCAGCGAGGAAUCGGAUCCAUCCCCUAUACAGAGGAAAAACGCUAUAAAUUUUUUACUGUUUAAUAUCUUGAAAGUUUUUAAUAUUCUGAAAAUUGUAAGAGUAAGGAUACUUAAAUGCUCCUGGGCAGGAAAUACACUUUUUGUAUGAUUCAUAAAAGCAUUUUCAUUUCAAGGAUUUGAAGAAUAAAAUGUGAAGAAUAAAGGGAAGGUUUUUUUUUCAAAAUAAGGAAGCUGAGUGGCAAUUCUGUUUAUUGCAUCUAUAACGUCUGCUGGGACAUACUCUUACAUUCAGGUUUAUGAUCCAUUACCCUCUUGUAGCUCAUGUGUACGAGUUCAGUUUCAUGCCAGUCAGGGCCUGGAGCUGCCGGGGGGAAAGCAAGAGAUGGGUAGCUGGGGCUUAGAUAUGGAAUCAGGAUAUAGCCACAGUCUGCUGGUGGAUCUGGGAAUGCAAAGUGCUCCUGGGUUCCCUGAUCUGUACAUAGCUGCUGGGACUCACUGGGAGGUAUUGCUUCUUAGGUUUCUUUGAAAAUCCCAACCGUAUAAAACAAAUAGAUUCAGGAUUUUAGAAGUGUGGUAAAAUCCACAGCACAAUUUCUGCUUUCAUUCUUCCAGCCAGCCUGGUUUUUCUUGAUAAAGAAAAAAAGACCAAGUGAUAGGAGAAAGUAUUAACAUUGGAUAAAGGUGUGAAAUACAGGAUCUUUGAUGCAGACUGUGUAGUUGUAUUUGUUCUCGUUCUAACUUGAAAAAGCUUCAAAGUCAUAAGCAGAGGUUGCUAUACUUCCUUCUCUUUGCAAUGAAUCACAGAUGAGAGCAAAUGCAAUCCAAGUUAAGCCCCUGGUCCCGCUGAGAGCUGCCUCUGCCUUUCUCAGCUUGAGCUUCUAUUGGAAGAUCAUGGUUGGCAUAAACCUGAGAUAAUGACUGGCUUUUGUGUAAUUAUAAACUGCAAUCAUGUGGCAUGAUACUUAAAAGGAACCUAGAGUAGAGUUAAACUUCAUCUGCAACUUACUGAUUCCUAAAGUAAGGUUUUAAGUGACAAUGAAGACGGGCAGCUGCACAGUGCAAGGCCAGCAGAUACACCCCUGCAGCUUCAAGAGUGUGUGCUUCACAAGACAUUUUUUUUUUCCCACCACUGACUUUGCUUUCUAGGAAACCUGGAGGCCUCACUUCUGCUUCACCAGCUGUUUUGCUAGAUAUAAGAACACAGCAGCUGUGAAUCUGUCUAGCCUGCCUCAUUGCAGCUCUUGCUCCUUAAUUCACUUUUAGACUAUGUGUUUUUUUAAUAUCGACUACUAUUUCUUCUACUGUCUUCUCCACUUUGGGAAAUCUGACUGAAUUAAGGACAUAUAAAAGCUUCUAAAAUUAUUUGAGUAUAACUUCUAAUGAACUGAUUGUUGCAUGUUCAAAUCAUUUUAGAUUUCUAAUGCAGUUAGAUUUUCAAGGUUUUUGUUCAUCUAACUAAAGGAAAUUAAUCCUUCGUAAAAGUUGAAAUGACCUUUGUGAUUUGAGUACUUUUUUGUAUAUAAAUAGCUAAUAUUAUUAUUCCUUUUUCACGAAUCGCUCUAAAAUAGACUCUAAAAUCAGUUCUGGCUUUGUCUGAAAAGGCCUUUUUCUGAUAAAGCUCAGACAGAUGAAUAUAAUGGAAAGCACUGCUUUUUAACUGCGGAGGACUUAUUUGGAAGUCAGUGAUUGCAUUGACUUGUGGCUUGUUGGACAGCGUCCAACAUUUACAAACUACAAAUGGGAUCAUGUCGCGUUACAGCAAAGGGCUUCUGGGUGCAUGAUAGGUUUUUCUGUUUAAUAUAUGUAGUCCUGGCACACUUGUGUGGAACAGUGAGACAACCAAAAAUCUAGAGGUUUUGAUGGACUUCUCACCAUCAAAGAUUAUAUAUGGAUAAGUUAGCGCACUCAUUGUCUUCUCUGAGCCCAUCAGUAGUAGUAUUGUCAAAAUUCU